AUGGACACGGAGCAGUAUCCCUCAAUUCGCGAGCUCUCCCUCUUUGAUAUGACGAUAUUGAAGGCGCUGAAAACGCUGAAUUGGGACCAGAAGCAGCAGAUGAGUAAUCGGCCCGGCUGCUUCCACAUUGGACCUCAAAAGUUCAACAAAAUGACGGCCGACGAGAAGGAGCGCCUCUUGGAGGAAGACAUUCGGAAGUUGGCAAAAAUGGGUACCACCCAAGAGCCUAAGCUUCGGCCAAAACGGGCGGCUCGUGUGGACCCGGUGGUGGAUUUAUUGAAUGGAGGAAAUAUGACGGUAAAAUUCCAAGAGGAUUUCCCGGCCAGCGAUGACGACCAUAAUGCUGGUAGUAUAGCAGGGAACAAUUCCACGCAGUUACAAAUAGAAGAAAGCGGCGGUGGCGGGAAUGAGACAAUUCCAGAAGGGGAGGGCGGGAAAGAAGAAGGAUUCACCUGGGAGGUGGCCGUGCUCUCCCCUGAAGCAUUCAUUUUCGAGCUGAUGGACCCGGAUUUCAUGGUGGUCUUGGCUCCGCGCGCUUUCAACACGUGGGUGUUGUCACCGGAAGCGUUCAUUGUACAGAUAUUGGUGCCGAAAUUCUUCGAGCCGCGCGUCCUCAGCCCUGAGGCGUUGAUCAUCGACGUGCUCAGCCCCGACUUUUUGUCGCCCAAAGUUGCGAGCGGUGAAUCGUCAGGCGUCAAAGUUCUCUCGCCGAAUAUUCUCUCCCCUAGGGUGCUGCACAGCGAUGAGCGAUUUAUGGUCGAGAUUUUAUCGCCUCACAUUCUGUCCGGCAAGCACAGUGAAGAGGAAGAAGAGGACAACAUUUCCGUCGGAGGACUCGAGACGCACGAGGGUCAUCACCAUGGUCCGGUGGCAGGCUCAGAAUCCGGGGAAUCGGCGGCCGUGGCCGAGUCGAACGAGCCGUUCGCCCCUGGUCAUCUCCAUCCGGGCGGCCAUCUCACCGGCCAUCCGCGGAUUUUCCGCUUUGGACCGAUUCCGGGG